CGGAUGACAGCAACUUAAUUAUCUUCCUGUCUUGGGUGCACUUGAAGAGAGGAGGUACCACUUGCUUAAUGCUACUCUCUGAAAGCUACGCUGGCAAAGAUGGAUUAUGCCAAGAAGUCGCUGGGCCUGCUCUCCCCAAGGUCUCUUUCUAAGUGUGUCUCUGCCAGUGCCUCCAUGACACAGCAGCUACUAGCCACCCCUACUCCCCGUGCCCGGCCUUACCGGGUGAGCAACUGGGACCGCACCGUGCGCAAGGGUAUUAUGGCCGACAGCCUGGAGGACCUGCUUGAGAAAGUGCGCAGUGCUCUGCUCUUGGUGGGCACCAUAUCAGUUGUCAUAGACGAGGAUGGCACCAGCGUGGAGACAGAAGAGUUCUUUCAGACGCUAGAGGAGGGCACCGUGUUGCUAGUGUUAACCAAGGGUCAGAUCUGGCGCCCAGCCAAGACUGCAGGCUACCAGCUGUCCCUAUCCCACAAGCCCCGGCACAGAAUUGAUGUUGCGUGUGUAACCUUUGACCUCUACAAGACCAAUCCUGAAGACUUCAUCGGUUGCUUGAAUGUCAAAGCCACCCUCUAUGGCACAUACAGUAUGUCCUACGAUAUGCGCUGCUAUGGGGCCAAAAGGAUAAUGAAGGAAGCUCUACGCUGGACACUCUUCACUAUGCAAGCUACAGGCCAUGUGCUGCUUGGCUCAUCCUGUUACAUGCAGCAGUUGUUGGAUGCCAGUGAAGAGCAGAAAGAGGAAGGCUCCUCGGCUCUGUGCAGCCUCUGGUCUCCUCCCACCAGGAAGAUGCUGCAGUGAAGGAGGUUCUGUCCUGUCAUUUAGACUUUCUGUUGGCAGCUGUCAGCAUCUGGUAGCUGAUACACUAGCACCUGCUAUGGAGUAUGAUGGAAUAGAGGCUUUGGCACUCUCAUGCUCCACCUGGCCAUAAAUAUAGCUGGUAGAAAAGUUGCUGGGAACACAACACAGGGUGUUGAGCUUCUUCUGCAUGCAUCUGAUCGUGUGCUGUGGAAAUGUGCUAUUUGUCCUGUGCUGUGGAAAUGUGUUAUUUGAGUGUGCCAAGGAGCACUGCUUACUACUGGUGAAAGCAGUGAAGGGCUUCUGAACUCUGCCUAUACUUCUUUGUUGUUUUUGUUUAGAAGAAGUUGUCUGUUCUGGAUGCAUCAUCAUCACCCUCACAGUGUCCUGUCUGAAUGAGUAUUUGUAUUGUGAAUAUGUAAUAUUAAAGACUAUUUCUUAAAGCCAUG